GCUCAAAUUGCGUGGCUUCCACUUCGAUUGGGUGUUUGUUCUGCUGCAAGGCCAAGAAUCGAAGAGAAAGACCUGGAAUGCCUUCACCUUCAUUCCACCUCCACCCUCUUACACCGUGGAGAACGAGGACGAAAUGCAUUACCUCAUGGAGGGUCUCGAGGCUGCUGAGUUGUACCGGAAAGCGUCUGAGGCUUCGGAAAUGCAUUGGUUGACGACCAGGACCGGGAACUAUGUUCCCAUGGUGUGGCUUCGUAGAGAGAAGAUUGUGACCGAGCGGGAGGUCAGAGAUGAGGCGAUAAACUGCUCGGGCAGGUCUUGUUGCAUUGCCAUGGCAACGCGACGGAUAUUGGGAUGA